UAGCCCCGGGCCGGAGCUCUUCGUCUGCUGCGGCGGCGGCGACUCUCUCUUCCAGUGGAGUAAUGUGCGCAGGUUGAAGACAACAACCGCGUCCCUGUUUGUUGUCCUACAACAUUUACGCCGAAACGCGGAGCACGUAGUGCAAAUUGAAGACACAACCAGCGGUCGUAACGGCGCGAAGCCUCUUGGACCACCCUCGCAAGCAGGUGACGCCUGCACGCUGAACCAUACCAACUUUUUGCCGAUGGGAAGGAAGCUUGAAGAUAGACAUUUUAGGCGGGGCCUCCAGUCCGAUGUCUCCUCCUCCCUUGGUGUGAUGCGUCAUGGCUCCAGUGCUGACUGGAGUGUGGUGGGGGCCGGAGGCGGGCGUGGUCGGGUCAGGGUCAGUGGCGGCAGCCGCGGAGGGCGGGGCGGUGGCGGACAUGCUGGGCGGUGGGCAGCUGGUCCUGGUGGUUACCCUGAGCACCCUCGCCACCCUGCUACUGGUGACCGUCAUGCUGCUGCUGUGCACCAGCUGUCAUGGGCAGAAAAAAGCAGCUAAUGGGCAUUCAGCGUGCGACCGUGUGGACCUCAUGGAUGGAACGUCGGAUAAAGAGACCGUCAGCCAGUCGCCCGACAGCCCCAUGACAGAUGUGGGCGUCAGCAGCUCCCACAACGGACCUCCAACCAGCGGUACAAUCCUCACAGACACACGGGCCAGCAGCCCUCAUCCCUCGGAGGAGAUAGCUUCCAGCCAAUCAGAGCACAGGUCCUCCAAGUGUCAUCAGGACCGCGAGCUCCCCAGCAUCCCGCCCAACAGCUCCCUCAUCAGGGGCACGGCCCCACCUUCGGCAGGAGACAGCACCUAUGAGGUGGUGAAAGACAUGGCGGUGGCGUCCCGCGACAUCAGCAUCGAGGACUCCCUCUAUGAAACGGUCAAGGAGCUCAAGUACCCCCCGAAGAAGCUGGCCCUCACCAACGGUACGGCCGACUUGAGCGCUGCCCACCACCAGCCGCCCCUUUGCGCCUCCCUCCUCCUCAACGGCCACCUCAGCCCCAGCACGGCCGAAUACGCCUCGGUGGACCGCAACAAGAAGAGCCGCCACAGCGCCGACCUGGAGGCCAAGCAGCGGUCAGGUGACAACAACGGCAGCGGAAGCUCCCCCGCUGGGAACCCCACAGAGGAGCCAGAGGAUUUGCCCCCACCGGUACCGGAGAAGGUUCUGGAUGAAAACGACAACCAGCCCAUGCUGGUGAACGGCUUUGCUGACGGUGAAGCUUUAUACAAUGGAAAGCUCCACUCCCCCCUGUCUUCGGCACCGGGGCUCCACAACAAAGUUCCGUCAGACAACGAGUCUCUAGACUACUCGUCGGUGAACGAGAAAAACGGCGCCGGUGUGAACCCGGAGGACAAGGAGCACGACUACAGCAGCAUCGCCGAGCUCAAAGGCCUCAUUCCCACCGGCUCCUCCGGCGACCUCUACGCCACCGUGCACGACGUCUACGCCCAGCCGGGGGAGGAGCCAUGCGCGGCGGACGGUGCAGACCCCGGCUACGAGAGCAUCCGCAUCCCAAAGACUGGCAGCUUGGACGAGGAGCACAGGGAAGGGGAGGGCGUCAAGGCCGAGCCCGACUACGAGAGCGUGGGGGAGUUGGGCCUGAGCCGGGAAACGUCUCGCCUUUGAGUGCCCGUCAUCGCCAUCAUCAUGUGGUCCUCUUAGAGACUCUAGAAGACGUGCAUGUCCUCCUUACAGCUCGUGUUGUCUUCAUCUAUCAAGCAGGGUGAAUGAGGUUGGUACCAACAGUAGCAAAUACCUCUCCCGCCGCCCACAUAUCGCUGAAGACGCCAUGCUAAUUGAAGUAUGCGCUCACACCCUCGCCAGAACAUGUGACCAACUUUUGCUGAUUCACGUCAGCUGCGUCUGUUUGGGGGAAAAAACUUUCUCAUUGAACAACACAGCAAAGUGUCUCCAUACUUGUGAGCUGGGUCCCAGUUUGUCUUCCUCACGGACCUAGAUUAAAGCAGGCUUCACUACACAUCUUAAAACAAAGCCUGAAGCUCUGCUAGCUGAAGGCUGAGUGAAAAAGGCGAGGAACUGUCGGGAAUUAGGAUAAAAAGCUUCACACCGCAAAACGGUUCGUUCAUAGGGAGAGAAACUUGUGGCUUUUACGCUACUAAACAAAAAAUGGAUUUGCAAACCACAAAAUUUUGCUAAAGAUUUUUUUUUAAUUUGUAACUAAAAACAAUAUUUGCAAACACAAAUUAUGGAUUUCAAACCACAAAAAGAUAUGCAACCACAAAAAGUUUAGCAAAAAAAAUGUGUUGACAAAAUAAUGGAUUUGCAACUCCAAAUAUAUUCAUAUAACAAAUAAUGGAUUUGCAACCAACAAAAGAUUCACGCGCCAAAAAAAGUUGGCAAAAAUAAAUACAUUUGCAACCAAAAAAAGAUUUGCAAACAACAAACAUUUAAACUAAAGAUGUGCAAAAAAAAAAAAGCUAACUAAAAUAAUCGGUUUCAAAUAGACAAUAAAUCAAUUUUUUCAUACAAAAAAAUACAUUUGGGUUCAAAUGUUUCUGCUUAGAAAUAUUUUUUGUUUACUAUUCCUUUUUUUUUUUUUUUUUUUUAAUUUUGUUUUGGUUGCACACCUGUGUGGGGCUUCCUCUGGACUAUAUAUUAGAAGCCUUUUUAUUGAUUAGUUUUGUCAACCCUUAGUCUUUGUUUUUUUCGCUGCAAUUGUGUUGAAGUGGGAUGUAGUCGUCAGUCACGCCCAAAUAUGGUCACACCAUUAUUGCCAAUCCAUUAUUUUCAGUUGCAAAUCCAUUUUUGUUUGCUUGCGUAAAAAAAACAACCAAAUGUCUCUCCCUGGCUUGUAAGUCAGCUGUGUAAAGGUACACACCAUCCCAACAUGGACUAAACUGGAGGAUGCCUGGAGGGAUACAAUGUGGUGGUCUUCUCGUUCACAAGACUACCCUUAGCCCACAUACUGUUAAGUCCAAUCUACUUUCUCUAUUGCCAAAUUCUUUUGUUAUUUCUUAAGAUAAGCAAAAUGGUCUAAACAAGCUUUUUAGACAAAAAUAAGCACUUUUAAACCUCAAUUUUUACAUAUUUCAUCUUGCUGGGAUUUCCAUGUUUUGUGCAGUGCGUGUCCAUCUUGUGUCAAAAAAUAUAUAUAUUUAUUUCAAGCUGUCCAAUGAAAAAACAGGUGUUGCCACUUUUCGUGCGUUUCGGUGGAAAAUUCACACGGUUUUGGAGACGUGGGCUUUUUUCCCCUUAUAUCCGUGUGCCAAUGUAAAAAAAAAAAAAAAUCCCGCUUGGGUUUUUGGAGAUUUGUGUCAGAGAAAAGCAAGAAGAGAAAUGUAAUGGUACCUUGACUUUUGAAGGUAGUGUCAAACAUAUUCAAACAUAAACACUUUUGUGUAUAGCUGUUAUCAAUAUUAUUAUUAUCAAGGCAGACUAUUUUGGUGUACUUUAUUGUUGGUACAUUGUGUUGUCUUUACUCCUUGAUAGCUAUGAAGCACAAGGUUUUAAAACGGUGGUACAGUAUUCUCUCUUUAACUCGCACUAGUGCACAAUUUUAAUAUCUAGAAGCUUUUCUAUACAACGCAGCACACUCCUAAGCACUAUUUCAACCUGUCUGUGAACGCUUUCAUGUACAGUGUUGCUCUAAUUUGUAUUAGUAGAACAACCCCGAUGGCCUUAUUCGAAAAAGAAAACAUUGGUACAGUGUGUCGGUACGUUCUUUUUUUUUUUUUUUGGUGGUACUUUUAUUUAAAAGACAAAGAAAUGUCUUGCGUGUUCUUUUGUGUAAAUGUAAAGCAGAAAAAAUGUUAGGUUUUUUCAGCUUGUGUGAGUUAAAAUGAAUAAAAAACAUUCAGCCUGAA